AUGACGACCAAAGCUCCUUUGGCCUCUCGCUGGGCAGACGACAGCGAUGCGGUUGUGGCUGCGGUCAAGCAGGAUAAGAAGAUUCCCAAGCAUCGAUUUGCGCAGAAACCUGUCUCCAGGGAAACAAACAGCCGUGAGAGCGAAAAUACGCAGUUUUCAGACCAGGACGUUGAAGAGGUGAGCGACUCGGAUUGGGAGGACCAUGUUCCCGUUAAAAGCGAUAAGUUAUCAAAAGACGCCCACAGAUUGUUUCCUGUUGGGCCAGCAGCGAAAAAGGACACUAAAGACACAGAUAAACGGAGAGAUAGACGCAAGUCUUCUAGCACUGCCGAGCUGGUUGAGUCGACUAGACCAAAGGCUAGAGAGUCGCCAAAAAAGAAGCAUAGAGAGCUUCCCAAAGAGCUUCCCAAAGGUCCUGCCUCUUCAAACUCAAACAACCCGCUGAUGUCCCGGAUCGACUCGAAAUGGAAGGCUGCUCCAUUGCAAAGCAAAUACGCAGAGCCUGUGCAGAGCAAGCACGCUGACCCUAAACCCAGCCACAAACACCAGCCUCUGCCAAAGCACAAGGAUAGACCACGCUCCGACAGAGCCAAGAAGGAACCUCCUCUUGACCCGUCGUUUAUACAGAAACAGAACGCUUUGGAGUUUGAAAAGUCUCUUGACAAGCUCAAGCUCGAAUCCCAAACAGGAAACUGGGCCGACGACCUGGAUUGGUAUUAA